AUGGGCAACAACAAUAUGGAAAUGGGAAGUAAUGGUGCAUUUGCGUAUAUGCUCUUCGUUCUUACUGUGCUAAUUAUAUUGCACAACUGUGACGAGUGCACUGCGGAUGGGGGAGAUACUCUCUCCUUGGGUGCCUCACUAACAGGAAAUCAGACAAUAAUUUCAAAGAAUGGAACGUUUGAAUUAGGAUUCUUCAGCCCAAAUGGAACCAACAACUGGUACAUUGGCAUCUGGUAUAGUAAAGUGGCAGAGAAGACGAUCGUUUGGGUGGCUAACAGAGAGAGACCCGCAAAGAAGAGACCCGGCGUUUUGAAGCUGUCAAGACAAGGUAGUCUGGGACUGUUUGACGCAGAGGAUGUGUCUUUUUGGUCGGUCAACUUGUCUAACAAGGCUUCUCAGGCUGUGAUAUUAGAUUCUGGCAAUUUCGUAGUGCUUAGCGAUGGCAAUAAAUCGGAGAUUGCUUGGCAGAGCUUUGACCAUCCCGUCGAUACCGUCUUGCCUGGGAUGAAGAUCGGCCCAAAGCAAAAGCUUGUCUGUUGGAAGAAUUCAUUGGAUCCAGCUCCUGGCCAUUUUUCUUUUCAAAUGGAUCCGUCAGGGGCCAGACAAUUAGUGCUAAGAUGGAACAAUUCUGUGAAUUACUGGGAGAGCGGAAUUUGGGACGGAAAACAUUUCGGUCAAAUUCCGGAAAUGGCGUUGACAGGCUUGUUCAAUUACACUGUUGAAGAUACUAGCUCUGGUUUGUAUUUGAGUUAUACAUCGAUGCCUGGUAACAAUGCGCUCUCACGUUUCAUCAUACACAAAUCCGGAGAAUAUCAGCAUUAUGUUUUGCUUGAUAACAAUAAAUGGAGUAUGUCCUGGUCUCAGCCCAGAGAUCAAUGCAACGUACAUAAUGCCUGUGGCGCUUAUGGAAUCUGCAACUCCAACAAUUUUCAGUUCUGCAGCUGCAUGGAAGGCUUCAUCCCAAGGGACAAUCUCUCCUGGAGUUUGCGAGAUUGGUCCUCAAGUGGGUGUGUUCGACGGAGCCCGUUAAAUUGUGAUGCAAAAAACGUCAACACCGACGGAUUCAUCGAUUCCAACGCAAUGUUGCCUGAUAAGCCCGAUUUCUCUGAAUACCCUGCAACGACGAAGAAAGAUUGCCAGAAAGCGUGCCUCCACAACUGCUCCUGCACUGCGUAUGCUUUCAAUCCGCCUUCAGGGCCAUGCCAAAUCUGGUCCGGAGAUUUGCUAAACAUGCAGAAUUCUCCAUCACAAAGCAAUUCAAAUGUCUUUAUUCGAGUAGCUGCCUCUGCAUUUCCAAAGUCUGAUCCACCAUCCUCCUCCACACGCAAAACCACGGGUAUCCUGGGCGCAGUGAUUGGUUUUUUUGGUGUUCUUGCAUUUGCUCUGGGUAUUUUGUCAUUUUUAAGGAGGCAGGGGUAUCGGUUACCGCCGAUGGAGAGGAGUGCAGAUUCGUCUAACUCUUUUCUUAGAGUGUUUAGUUACAAGGAGUUGAAGAUUGCAACUAAGAAUUUCAGGUGUAAGUUGGGGAGCGGAGGAUUCGGCUCGGUGUUCAAAGGAUCUCUAACAGACGGCACGCUUGUAGCAGUUAAGAGAUUGGAAUGUUCAAGACGAGAAGAGAAGCAAUUCCGAGCAGAAAUCAAUUCUGUUGGAAACAUACAACAUGUGAAUUUGGUAAGGCUUCGAGGAUUUUGUGUGGAAGGAUCAGAGAGGCUCCUGGUUUACGAGUACAUGCCCAACGGCUAUCUGAAUUCCUUACUCUUCAGUGGCAACUCUGAAAGUGAACGUACGGUACUCGACUGGAAGACCCGAUUUGAGAUCGCGCUAGGCAUUGCGAAAGGGUUACUUUAUCUCCACGAAGAAUGCAGAGAGUGCAUCAUUCACAACGAUGUUAAGCCUGAAAACAUUCUCCUGGAUAGCAACUUUACCCCAAAGCUGGGCGAUUUUGGGCUAGCAAAGUUGUUGGAUAGAGAUUAUAGCCGCGUGCUGACAACUAUAAGAGGAACGAUUGGAUACUUGGCCCCAGAGUGGUUCUCCGGUCUUCCCAUCACUCCCAAGGUUGAUGUCUACAGUUUUGGUAUGACACUCUUGGAAAUCAUUUCGGGCCGAAGAAAUUUGGACAUGAGCGUGCGAGAUUCAAAUAAGUAUUACUUUCCCUCGUGGGCAGCAGGUCAAUUCUACGAGGGAAAUAUUAGUAAUAUUGUGGAGUGUGUUGCAUUUGCAGAGGAAACAGAUAUGGAAGAGGUGAAAAGAAGUAUUGUUGUAGGACUGCAAUGCAUUGAAAAGGAUGAGAAUGCGAGGCCAAGCAUGGGGCAAGUGGUACGGAUGCUGGAAGGGUCGAUGGAAUCCCUCUAACUCAACAGAUUUCGAGCGAUGGUGAUGUUAUUGCCGGCAAAAAUGUAAAUGGGAUGCACUUUAAAGUGAAGCUUUAUUUAAUCGUUUUGCACAUAAUUUG